GUAACCUACCGGAAAUAGGGUUUUAAGAGCCUACUUCUCAGGCCCGCCCCUGAUUCAUUCUUAAACACUCUGAGAGGAAAGGGAUGCAUCGAGUCGACACAUUCCCAAUCCUGUGAAUCUUGUCGCAGGAUGCGGAUUGAGUGCCUUGCCUGCUCGAUGACAAUUUCCAGUGAGGUCAAGACAUCGGGUAGGGCUCAGGAGUGUGUGAGUGAGGCUAGAGGGCUGGCUGAUCCCGGGCGUGCAUGGAUUGCUCAUCUUCCACAGACUCGCAUGUUUCUUCUGGACCUACACUCGACCCUUGAGGGUUCGACGGGUCAAAGCGCAGCCGAUGAAGAAACCCCUACACAUCCCAUCACCACCCCACUGAUGGCAACUCCACUUCAUGCGCCUCAUGUCCCAGAGAUCCAAGCGCCUACUGGCUUUCCCGAUGGUUCUAUCACAGCCUUUCCAGCGAGCUAUAUUGACACCGCGUCAGCUCUUGAUCGGCCUCCCUACGCGUUUCCCGUGGCAAUAUCCACGCAGGGUGACACCCUCGAUAGAGAAUCGCUGAAUCUCCGAACCCAGACCUCAUUUCCCGUAUUUCCCGUUCAAGGUUUAGGUUUAGGAGCAGGGCCCUCUUCCAUUGACUCUACCCUGUCCGACGUGAUGCCACCCUUCUUCCAUCAUGCUGAGCAGUUUGCCGAGCCUUCCAGAGCUGGUCCCUCUCAUAUCGUCAAUCCGGCACCGAUUGUUGCUGCGCUCGAAACUCCUGAUCGUCUACAGGACAGGUGGUCGGAGACGAACUCAAAUGAAAAUGAUGUUGACUACUAGUUUCGAGGCCCGGCUCAGAAGAUGGGAUACCGCCUUGCCCCUCUCUGAGUUGACGUGGGCAGUUUUGCUCCGUGGUGUGUGCGUGACUGCGUUUCUAAUACAAUUCGUGUUGCCUGAUCCCAAGAUUUAUUGCUUCUCUUCCCGGAGUCAUCAGACUGAAUGAUCGAACGGCUGUUCCGAGGUCCGGGAGACAUCUGAGUUAUAAGGGGAGUAGGCAACCCUCCUCUGAGAAACAGUCUAGAAGUAGGAGGGUUCUAUCAGCUCAUCUCCCACCCCAACCCUUGUAGGCGGAAUGGCUCGCUUGCAGGAGGGAUAUAAGCCCGAGCUGGGCCGAUUAUCCUAUGUAACUUGUCGCAAAGACCAUUUUAACAUGCAAAAGAAUUGCAAUGUAUAAUUGAAGAGAGUUCUAGCGCUGUUGCCAG